UCUCUGUGGCCCAAAAAAGCCUGCCGCUGCGACAGCCUCGCAGACCACAUUCCAUGGCGCCGCCUGACUUCUACGCGCUGCUCGGCGUCGACCGUGCCGCCACCAACGAGCAGGUGCGCAAUGCGUACCGCGACUGCGCCAUGCAGCACCACCCCGAUCGCGGCGGAGACCCGGCAGUGUGGUCGGCGCUACAGCGCGCCUACGACACGCUGAGCGACCCGCAGAAGCGGGCCGUGUACGAUCGCACCAAGCAAGACGGCUCGGUGGGCGCGGAGAAGGCGUUCGGGCAGGCCUUUGCCGAGAAGGGCGAGGGUGCGGCGCAGCAGCGCGGCCUCUCCAUCGAGGCCGAGAUGGCGGAGGCCAAGGGCAAGGGCUCGACGCUAGCCGCGGCAGGCUUCGACAUGUCGCACGCGCAGGGCUUCGAGGCGUGGAUGCGCAACCAGAAGGGGAUGGGGAAGCAGUCCUUCUACACCGCCGAGGACCUCCUCCGCUCGCGCCAAUACGGAAACAUCGAGGCGACCGAGUCGACGGCACAGCCGCUGCCGGCGCUGUCGGCGACGGCGGUCCGGUUCGAUGCGCACGGCCCGCCCGAGGAGGUGCUGUACGUCGACCGCGCCUGCUCUCUGCCCGACAAGCUCGCACACGGAGAGGUGCUCGUGCACAUGCUAGCCGCCUGCGUGACAGACGAGGACCUGCUGCGCGUGCAGACCCCUCUCACCGUCCUCAACGACUUCCCGCCCUUCAACCGGACAAACAACAAGUGGGAGGCGGUUCCUCUGCCCGCCACCGCUGGCGUCGAGGGCGUCGGCGUGGUCAUCGCCACCGCCAAAAACGUGCCCACGCUCAAAGACCACCCGCUCGAGGUCAAGGACUGGGUGCUGCUGCGGCCCGAAGCGCGCCGCAGGCCCGCCGGCUGCUGGUCGACCAUGGCGGUCGUCGAAUCGUCAAUGCUGAUCAAGGUCCCGGCGCAGCUGAUGCCCGUCCGCCACCUGGCGUGCUCGCGCUCCCUCUGCACCGCCUACCGCCUCCUCGAGGACUACGGCUCGCUCCGGCCCGGCGACACCAUCAUCCAGAACGCGGCCGACCUGCCCGUCGGACAGGCGGUCGUCCAGCUCUGCAAGAUGCUCAAGAUCCGCUCGAUCAACCUCGUCCCCGACGACGAGGCCUUCGAGCAGACCAAGGAGCUACUCGUCCAGCUCGGCGCCUCGCACGUGCUGCGCGACAAUGCGAAGGUGGGCGAGUUCAUCGACGCGCUCGGCCAGAUGAUGCCGCGCCUCGGCAUCGACUCGCUCGGCGGCGAAGCGGGCAAGCGCAUGUCGGUCGCGCUGCGGCCCGGCGGGCAGCUCGUGAUGCACUCGCUGCAGACUGGGCAGGUGCCGACCAUCUCGCCGUCGCUGCUCAUGUACCAGCAGAUUUCGUUGCACGGCUUCAACAUGGCGCAGUGGGUCGAUGAGAAUGGCGUCGAGGCGUACAAGGACAUGCUCAACACCAUCGGCGAGCUCGUGCAGGCGGGCAACCUCGAGCUCGCCACCGCCGAGGCGCCCGUCCGCGGCAUGGAGCCGUCCGCCCUCAAGGCGGCCCUCUCGUCGCACCGCCGCGGCGCCGCCGGCCGGCCGCGCGAGCGGUCGGUGCUUGUCCUCGGCAGCGAGGCGGCCGCCAACGAGGUCUACUUCGAGCUGCAGGCGAGCAUCCGGAGCAUGUACGGCGCAGACGAGCCGCAGACGCCCGCCGCCGGCGCGCCCCCCGCGCAGAGCGCCGCGCCGCCGUUGCAGUCGCCGGUGGCGGCCUCGCCACAGCGGCCGCGCGCGUCCGAGCGGUGGGGCGACGCGGCGGAGAUGCUGGCCGAGCUGAGCCUGUCGCAGUACGCGUCCGCCUUUGAGGAGGAGGAGAUGACGUCGAUCGAGCUCCUCGAGGACAUCGUGUCGCGCGGCGACGGAGAGAAGGAGCUGAUGGACGCGCUCAAGGAGAUGGGCAUCAAAAAGAUGGGCCACCGGCAGGCCAUCGUCGGCGCCGUGGUUGGCAAGCUAUGAGCUGGGGGGGGGGGCUGGUGGGGCCAGCCUCCUGCGCGCGCGGCAGCCGCUGCGAGCUGCGCAGCGGGCGGCGGGAGCUUGAGAGGGGAAUGCGGGCUAGGAGGACGCAAGCGGAUACGGCCUCUAUUUGCGGGGGGAGCAUCGGCAUUGGGCGCAGCGCGCGUUUUUCACCAGUCUUUAUUUUCUGUGUGUGCAUCUGCUGCUGCUCAUUGCGCAUCAGAGUGACCAGACCCCAUGUUUUCCCUUUGCCUCCCUUUCACAGUGUAUGAAUAAUAUUACUCCGACUGUAUGUGCGCCGUGUCCCUGCACCCGCGUUUUCCACACGAGUCACGGCCGUCACGCCCUCCGCACAUUCGUCGCCUUCUUCUUCUUCUUCUGAGCGUGCCCUGGCCCCUUCAUCGCCGCAGCGCGGUUCUCGACGCAGCUCGGAGGCAGCCCGUGCUUCGCCGCGAGCCACUCCGUGAUCGAGCGGUCCCACAAGCCUUGCACCGACACGACGCGCUUCUGCACGCCGCUCUUGAGCGCCUCCUCCUCCACGUUGGCCGUCGCGCCGCACACGCCCGCCAGCUCGCGCGCGGCCGUGUACGGGUCGAUCGAGUAUGCUGCGAGCUCGGCGACGCAGGUCACGGAGUGGCCGCGCCGCUGCUCGGUGGUCAGCACCACCUUUGGCGGCUCUCCUCUGGCGUGCAUCGGCUUCUCGAGCGCGCCGCCGCUCACCCGCGUCCACUGCUCGAGGCGCUUGAGGAAGCGCCGCCGCACCUCCUUGGGCGGCAUGCUCGCCGCGCCCGCCUGCGGGUCCUUGGCCGCCUCGCCGCCUCGGAAGAGGGCGUCCGACAGCAGCGGGUCGAGCGCCCACGCCGAGUGAGACGACUGACCACCGCCUCCACCUUCCGCGCCUCCGCCGGCCGAUACGGCCGCCACGUGCGCCUCGAGGAUCGCAAGCACUUGCGCCUCGUCGAGAAACGCCCUGCCGUCCGUGGCGCCGCGCGCGCGGAACAGCGGCUUCAUCGCAUCCGACGGACGGUAGACCGUCGUCACGCGCAGCAGCGGCACGCUGCCCGCCCCUCCGCCGCCGCCCGCCCCACCCCCCGCCCCUCCGCCGCCCGCCGCCGCCUCCGCCGUCAGCUCCCACCCGCAGAAGUGGCAAUACGCGUCUGUCGAGCGGCCGAGCGUUCUGACGCUGAGCUCGCCGAGCCUGGGGCGGAAAGGGCGCGGGUCGGGGGAGAGACCAGAGUGAGCCGGAGGGCGAAAGCCCACCGCGCUUUGGCGUUGCCGUCGUGCAGAGGCCCUCUCGCUCCUAAGAGCGAACAGCUGGG